UCCUCCUUUUCCGUUCAACGCUCGACAACGCCAAAAUGACCAGCACCCGCGACGCACACACCAUCGAGGCCCGCAAGGCCCGCUACUCGCGUGAGCUCGCCGCGUACACGCUCCGCCAGUGGGACCUCGUCCGCCAGUCCGCUGAGUCGGACGGCGAACACAGGGACAGCUCCGCGAGUCCCUCCGGCCGAUCCCGCUCUCAACCAAGAGACAACAACACGCCCUCGAGGGCGUCGCAAGGUAUCCACGCGCACGAUUACGCCCACGGUCUGCACAGACAGACGAGCGGCCGCGCUGUAGCAGGGAAUGCUUAGCGAUCCGCUCCGCAUGCCCGUCACCCAUCUUCCAGCCCGUCCUCACCUUCCUCCCUUCUCCGUCAGCUGCCAGGAGCGCACAUACAUACUGUUUACGUUAUAGUCAAGCACGUCGGACAUGCACGCUGCUUAAUUCGUUGUCAGACACAUACAUACAUAUCACCCGCCUCUACAUCGGACGCUGCACACCGAACGCUAGAGUCGCACAUACACAUACCUGUAUAUUAGUGGCAUGGUCAUGGAAUUCCC